UCUCUGUCCUGACCGGUUCCACGAUGUCGAAGGUUUCCUUUAAGAUCACGCUGACGUCGGACCCGCGGCUCCCUUACAAAGUACUCAGUGUUCCUGAAAGUACCCCUUUCACAGCAGUCUUAAAGUUUGCAGCGGAAGAAUUUAAAGUUCCUGCAGCAACAAGUGCAAUUAUUACCAAUGAUGGAAUAGGAAUAAAUCCUGCACAGACUGCUGGAAAUGUUUUUCUAAAGCAUGGUUCAGAACUGCGAAUUAUUCCAAGAGAUCGUGUUGGAAGUUGUUAAUAUCCACUACUUGGAGCAUAGGAUUACCUUUCAAAAUAAAUAUUGGUAUUGUUGUUAUAAAACUGAAAUCAGGCGUUUAAAAUACUAUGAAAACAGCAAUUGUUGAUGAAAUAAUGAAAGGAGACUCUCCAUCCCUUCUUGUUAUUCACAUUCUUCAUGUGAAGAGGGAAGGCUUAAGCAUUGAGGGUAUCAUCACCACAGAAGAUCAUAGUCUUUCAUUGCUACCUCACAACACACACAGGUAGUUCAUUUGGGGUAAAUGGAUUAUCCAACUGUGUUUUAUAACUGGAGGAUGCUUCUGAUAAUUCUUUCUGAGAACAUGUGAAAAAUUGAAAUUUACUGAAUCUUCCUAUUUGUCUUUGAGUUUAAAAGGAUUAUGGAUCGUACGUGGUGGUUUGCUUGAUAGCAUCUGACUUGCAGACUCAAAAAUAGUUGAAUUCUUAAUUAUAUAUUGUUUAUUAUAAAAGAUAUAGAAAUAUCAAUAAAUACUUAACUAUCUUAACUUUCUAUCAUUUAGGUUUUUUUAAGUUUAAACUUUAUGUGUUCAUACAAAUUUUAGUUUAAUAUCAAAGAGCCAGAAAUUGAAUUUUUUGAUCUAGCCCCUAUGUAUAAAAUUGAUAUCCCACACUAAAGAGUUUUAUCUAUGAUCUUGCAAAAUCCAUUACUUGUAAUGGUGAGAGUUGACAAUAAAAUAGGAGCAUCCUUUGCUGAGUUAUGCAUUCCUUUCUCAAUCUCUUUUAAUACAUCCUUUAAAACAAGAUUCCUCAAGAAACCAUUGUCUUUUUGAGUAUAGUAUUUCUAAAGAGCAUUCAGGAAGAGAGUAUUGUAAAGAAGAUCUGAAGUUCACAACAAAGCUCAAGGAAAUGCUAAUUGGAAAUGCUGGUUAAUUAUACUUACUGAAGACCCAACAUUUAAGGAAGUGUUAAGAUUAGUGAAUCAAGUGAAUAUGAAGCCAGGAAAGGGAAGAUGGGGAAGGCCACAUGACCAGGCCUCUAGUAAGGAGGCAAGAAACAAAAGCCAACAGUGGAAGGGAACAGAAAGCUUGAGCAAAAUGUCACAGAAAUGCUAACUGGGUGGGCAAAACUGCAGAAGCUAUGUUGGAGAGAACUGAAGGGGAAAACAAAAUACUUGACAUCGUCAUAAGGAGCAGAAGGCAAUUAGAGAAAGCAACGUAUAGGCUUUGUCAACAUACAGAUUUCAAAGUUCCCCUUAUGAGAAUCUGAAGAAUGAUAUGCAUAAAGGAAGAUUUUAUUUGCCCUUACAGAGGAAAUCAAUAUCUAUGCAAAUCUUUAAAGAUGAAAUGAAGGCUCGUAGUGAUUCAGGACUAGUGCUCAACCUGCUGUAUUCUAGAUGAUGAGCUCUCUGGAGGCAGGCAUUGUGUCUGUCUUGCUCUUUGUGGACUUGGAAAUCUAGUAGGCUUUCAGUAAAUACAUGCUGAAUUAUUCAUAAAUAAAGUAUCUCUAAGACCAAUUUUUAUGUAAGUGUGUUUGAGUAUCUUCCCUACCACAGGCCCGGGGCUCAAUGGAAAAAAAAUUACAGGGAAAUGCAACAGAAUCAGCAUCUGAAGGGUGACAUUGGUGGUUAAGUGUAAGAAUUUACCCACAUAUUGUUCAUAUAUUUGACAGAUGAACAGCAAGAUUCUGAAUUGUAAAGGAAAAGAAUCUUUGCUAAGGUGUAGCAGAAGAGUAUACUUCUGAUGUUUGGGAAAUUUUUUAUUUUUAUAAGCAAAAUUUGAUGCUCGAAGACCCCCUGGUCCUUAACAAUAUUAAGCCUUAGUUAACCAGAAAUUUAUGAAUACCCAUUCCCUGAAAUUUUUGUUUAAUUUAGAUUUUGCCCUAUUCUGUUUCUAGCACAAAAGCUUCUUGCUGUGUUACGUAAAUAAGUUUAUGAUGUCCUGUGACAUAAAGUAAUUUGUUUAAUGUUUUUGUUCUUUGGUUUUGAAAAUUUUGUUGUAGUAAGUUCUUUAAAUUAAAAA